AUGUAUGUCGAUGACCUGAUCAGUGGCGCCGAUUCGAUCGAAGAGGCACGAAAGAAACGUGAUGAAGCCAGCCAACUUUUAGCGUCAGCGGGAUUCAAUUUAAGAAAAUGGACCAGCAAUGUCAAAGAACUUGUCGAAAACAUUCCAGUUCAAGAACUCGGUUUUGAGCUUCCGUUUAACUUGUCCAACCACGUCAAAACUCUCGGAAUGAAGUGGUUUCCCAUCGAUGAUUGUUUUUCGUAUCAAAAUCUCCAACCUUCGACAGAAGCAACCACAGAAAGGUCAAUAUUAUCGACCAUAGCCAAGCUGUUUGAUUUACUUGGUUGGAUCUCACCAUGUGUCGUCACUGCAAAAAUUAUAAUGCAAAGACUAUGGAACCGUGGUUGUAAUUGGGACGACCCAAUUCCAACGGCUUUAAUGAAAGAAUGGGAGGCUUUUCAUCGAGAAUUUCCUCUUAUCGAGCGACUUCGAAUUCCCAGAUGGACUCAUAUAAGUCCGACCAACAUGGCGAUCGAGCUGCACGGAUUUUGUGACGCUUCAAUGAAGGCAUACGGGGCAGCAGUUUACGUACGCAUUCUUGAUAGCAAUGGCAACAUCCACGUCAAUCUUAUUUUGUCAAAAACAAGAGUGGCACCAAGCAAAAGAACAAUUACUUUGCCAAGUCUUGAAGUAUGUGAUGCAGUAGUUUUGGCGCAACUAUUGCAGUACACUAAAGAAGUUUUGGCGAUUCCAAAUGUCAAAAUGUAUGCUUGGACGGACUCAACAAUAGCUCUAGCCUGGAUACGAGCUACUCCUACUAAAUGGACCACAAUCGUGUCCAAUCGAGUAUCCGAAAUCCAGCGUUUAGUAGGGAUCAAUUGCUGGGGAAAUGUUGGUACGCUUCAUAACCCAGUCGAUCUGGCAUCCGGGGGUGUACUUCCAUCAGAACUCCAGUCGCUGCAAGCUUGGUGGAAUGGUCCAGAAUCAUCGCAAAUGGGAUUCCGAUUCUCCAGAUCAGCCCGUGAAAUUGACACUGAAGAAGAAAAACGCACGGUAAAGGUAUUGACUGUACAUUUGUUAGAAGGCGACAAUAUACUUCAAGCGAUUUUUAAUUCUUCGAGUCUCCUGAAAGCAACCAGAGUCAUCGCUACGUGUGUCCGCUUCAUCAUUAAGUGUCGUCCUAAACUGUAUGGAAUCAUCACAGGUUCGUUUUAUCCAUGGGAAUUAGAAUUAGCUCGUCUUCACAUGGUCAAAGCUGCUCAAAGCGAAAUGUUUGAGACAGAGUUUAGCUACUUCAAGGCAAAUUCUAAAAUCCCUAAAAGUCUGCGUUCAUUAAACGCAUUUAUUGAUAUAGAUGGGAGCUUACCGAGUUGGGGGUCGUUUAGAGAACUCCCUUUUAUCUUACGAUGCUCAACACACCAUACUACUACGAAACAACCACCACUUCACGACUUUGGUUGUCAGAGAAGCUCAUAA